GUACAGAAAGCCCUGCGGGCACUCACCAUCCCGCUGGAGACGCUACAGGUACUGAAGGGCCACAUGAUUCAGGACAUGCGCAAGGGGCUCAGCCGCCAGAUGCGUGCACACGCCACCAUGCAGAUGCUGCCCACCUUCAUCUGCUCCCUGCCUGAUGGCACUGAGAAGGGUGACAUGUUGGUGGUGGAGCUGUGCCAGAACUAUGUCCGGACCCUGUGUGUAACCCUCUUGGGUGACGGGAACCAGAGACCUCAAGUGAUGUACAAGAUCUUUGACAUGCCAGUGAACAUCAUGCAGGGAAAGGGGGAAGCGCUCUUCAGCUUCAUUGCAAAAUGCUUGCGCCAGUUCCUGGCUGGCUUCAGCAGCCCCCAGCACCGCUUCCCCUUGGGCUUCGUCUUCCCCUUCAGCUGCAAGCAGACACAGCUGGACAAGGCAGAACUCACCUCCUGGUCCAAGGGCUUCAAGUGCACUGGUGUGGAGGGGAAGGAUGUUGUGCAGUUGCUGCAGUCAGCCAUCAACAAGGAAGAGCUCUAUGUGGAUGUUGUUGCCCUGAUGAAUGAUACUGUAGGCACCAUGAUGACCUCCAGCGCGGAGGAUAAGGCCUGUGAGGUUGCCAUCAUUGUAGAUGCAGGCACCAACAGCUGCUUCAUGGCUGAGGCACAACAGGUCGAGAUGGUGGAGGAGACCAGCGGGAGGAUGUGUGUCAACACUGAGUGGGGCUGCUUCGGGGACGAUACCACCCUGAGUGGCAUCCUGACAACCUACGACCAGCACGUGGACAAGGAGUCCUCCAAUCCUGGGAAGAAGAGAUUUGAGAAGCUGGUGGGCAGCCUGUAUCUGGGGGAGAUCGUCCGGCACGUGCUGGUUGCCCUGGCUGCUGAGAAAGCGGUCUUCACUGGAAGCAAUGCUGGCAUCCUGAGGAACAAGGAUGUGCUCAAGACCCAUCAGGUCCUGGAGAUCAUCAACCAGGAGGAUGGCAUGGCCAAGACGAGGAGCACUCUGGAGACUCUGGGACUGAGGCCGAGCGAGCGGGAUUGCUGCCGGGUGCAGCAGGUCUGCCGGGUGGUGGUGAGCCGUGCCGCUGCACUCUGUGCUGCGGGGCUGGCUGCCAUCCUUACACACAUGUGCCAGAGCCGGGAGCUGGAGCAGCUCUCUGUCAACGUUGGAGUGGAUGGCGAGUUGUACCGAGACCACACCAGGUUUGGGGAGAUCCUGCAGAGUGUGGCAGGGCUGCUGGCCCCGGAGUGCACGAUCACCCUCCUGCCCUCAGUGGAUGGGACUGGGCGCGGGGCAGCCAUCGUGACGGCGCUGGCUCUGCGCCUGUGCUCCGAUCUGCAGCGUGUCCAGGCACUCAUGAGGCAGGAGAUGGACCUGGGGCUGGGCAAGGAGACCAAUGCCAGAUCCUCUGUCCGCAUGCUGCCCACCUAUGUCUGUGCCACACCCGAUGGCACCGAGCAAGGUGAAUUCUUGGCGCUGGACCUGGGGGGAACCAACUUCCGGGUGCUGGUGGUGCGUGUGGCGGAGAAUAGCAUCCAUAUGGCCAGCGAGAUCUAUGUCAUCCCGACCUCCAUCAUACAGGGCACUGGUGUGGCGCUCUUCAACCAUAUCAUUGAGUGCAUCAUGGACUUCCAGCUGAAGCAGGACCUGAUGGAGCAGAUCCUGCCACUUGGCUUCACCUUCUCCUUCCCCUGCCAGCAGCUGGGCUUGGAUAAGGCAGUGCUGCUGAGCUGGACCAAAGGCUUCAGCGCCUCAGGCUGUGUGGGGCAGGACGUAGUCCAGCUGCUGCGGGAUGCUGCCCUGCGGAAAGAGCACUAUGCACUGAAGGUGGUAGCCGUGGUCAACGACACAGUGGGAACAAUGAUGUCCUGUGGCUAUGAUGACCCUAAAUGUGAAAUUGGCCUCAUUGUGGGGACAGGGACCAAUGCCUGCUACAUGGAGGAGAUGCAGAACGUGGGCACCGUGGAGGGGAAUGAGGGCCGCAUGUGCAUCAACAUGGAGUGGGGGGCCUUCGGGGACAAUGGCUGCCUGGACCACAUCUUCACCAACUUCGACCGCAUGGUGGAUGAGAAAACCAUCAACCCGGGCAAGCAGAGGUUCGAGAAGCUCAUCAGUGGCAUGUACCUGGGCGAGAUUGUGCGCUACAUCCUGCUCUCAAUGGUGGAGAAACGGGUCCUGUUCCGCGGGAAGCCCUGCCCCAAGCUCCAGACCAAGGACAUCUUCCAGACCAAGUUCCUCUCCACCAUUGAGAUUGACGGGCUGGCCCUGAGAAAGGUACUGGCCAUCCUGCGGGACCUGGAGCUUCAUGCCAGCUUUGAGGACAGCGUGCUAGUGCGGGAGGUGUGCCAGACCGUGCCCCUGCGGGCAGCCCAGCUCUGCGCCGCCGGCAUGGCUGCUGUGGUGGAGAAGAUGCGGGAGAACCGGGGCCUGGACCAGCUGGUUGUCACCGUCGGGGUGGACGGUACCUUGUACAAGAUGCACCCGCAGUGA